UCCGCUACGUCGACUGCGUCAAAACAUUGAAAAUAACAUUUUAUCUAAUUUUUAUUGACAAAUGUCUAUACAAACAGAAUAAGCAUUUGAUUGAUCGACUCAUUUAGAAGUUAACUACGGCAACGGUGUUCUUACUUUUUUGCAUACACUUUGAAAAGUGAAUCAAAUUAUCGUCCCCCAAACCGUAACAAUAGCCUAUGUGAUUAGAGAGCGAGCGUCAUCGCGUAAGCCCCCACACUGUUGGUGGGCAAUCGAUAGACCGAUCAUUCAAACUUUGAUUGAGUUUACCCUCGCUGAAUAGAUAACACUUUUAUCUUAUCGUAAAUGACGAAUCCCGAUGAUGAGCGCACUCCACUCAUCGCUGCAGCUAUCCCAGCAGCGACUGCCCCAUCAGCGGCUUCGGGAUCACGACCAUACGGUGCCGCCACUUUACACCCGGAUGAUGAUACGCGCGAAACGAUGAGCAGCUUCGUGGUGAACAACGUGGCCGGUGAGUCCGGCCGGAAGCUGCCACAGUACAUUGCCGGGCUGGCCGCGUCCGGAGGUGCCCUGGCGGCCGGUACCUUCCUCGGGUGGACCUCGCCGGCGGAGAUUCCACUGGUGCAGAAGCAGGAGUACGGCUUCCCGAUCAGUACCGAGGACUUUUCCUGGAUUGGGUCGAUGGCCAACUUGGGUGCGGCGCUGAUGUGCUUCCCUAUUGGGAUUCUGAUGAAGAUGAUUGGGCGGAAGUGGGCUAUGUUGACGAUGGUUCUGCCGCUGCUGCUCGGCUGGUUGCUGAUCAUCUUUGCGAACAACGUGGCCAUGCUGAUGGUUGGGCGGUUCUUCCUCGGUAUCGGAGGAGGUGCGUUCUGUAUUGCUGCGCCGACCUAUACAGCUGAGAUUGCGCAGUCUUCGAUUCGGGGAACGCUGGGAACAUUCUUCCAGCUGCUGGUCACCAUCGGUAUCCUGUUCGUGUAUGGAGUCGGUGCCGCUGUGAACGUACAGGUGCUGAGCAUCAUUUGCGGAGUGAUUCCGCUUGUGUUCGGAUUGAUCUUCUUCUUCAUGCCGGAGAGUCCUCACUACUUUAUCGAAAAAAAUCGCGAGGACGAUGCGUCCAAAUCCCUCAAGUGGCUCCGCGGCAACCGCUACGACGAACGGGCCGAAAUCGAAGAACUGAAAGCCGAAGACGCAAAAAUUCGCGAGGAUAAAAUCACCUUCGUCCAGGGCUUCAAGCAGCGUGCCACCAUCCGGGCGUUGAUCAUCUCCCUUGGCCUAAUGUUCUUCCAGCAGCUGUCCGGUAUCAACGCCGUCAUCUUCUACACCACGACCAUCUUCGACGAUGCCAACACCGGACUGGAAGCCACCGCGGCCACGAUCAUCGUCGGAGUCAUCCAGGUCGUUGCGACACUCCUCGCCACGUUCAUCGUGGACAAAACCGGCCGGCGAAUCCUGCUGAUGAUCUCGGACUUCUUCAUGGCCGUCUCCACCAUCCUCCUCGCCGUGUACUUCCAGCUCAAGGAAGACGACGCCUCCCAGGUGGCAAACCUCGGCUGGCUCCCGGUCCUGGCCGUGUGCCUGUUCAUUGCCAUGUUCUCCAUCGGUUUCGGACCCAUUCCGUGGCUCAUGGUCGGCGAACUGUUCGCCAACAACGUCAAGGCCUACGUCAGCCCUCUGGCCGGUGUGUUCAACUGGCUGCUCGCUUUCCUCGUAACGAAGGUCUUCACCAACCUUCGGGAUGCCCUCGGCAUCGCCGGAGUGUUCUGGUUGUUCUCCGGCCUAUCACUCCUCGGCACCGUAUUCGUGUUCUUCAUAGUCCCGGAAACCAAGGGCAUCACCCUGGCGGAAAUUCAGCGGAUGCUGUCCGGUGAAAAGGUGCGACGCUCCAGUGGCCACAGCAAUCCAGCGAUGGAGGACGACGAGAAACCCGAAACCCGUUAAGAAGUGCGGGCACUUCCGAUUGUAGGCUAUAUUUAUAUUGUACAUACUUUCCAACGUUUGAGGCCAACUCUACUAGAUAUACUGCUAAGCCGAAAGUCUAAGGAACUGAAACAUCACUUCACUCGACUGAGAGAGAGAGAGGCAGAGGCCCGGUUUGCUACUGAUAUGUAUUAUCGAUUUUUUUAAUGUUAACGAUACUAAUUUAUGUAUAGCAAAGUAGCGGAUGAGUGCAUUGUGAGUGCUCACGAGAGAGAUUUGAGUGAUAGCAACAUAUCCAACCAUCACGAGGAUUAACUGUGUAAAUCCACUUCCGAAUUUCAGGUCGGGAAUGUCAUGUUACGUCGUUAUCAUAAUCGUGUAACAGUUUUAAGGGGGUCCAUUGUACUUGGUAGAGCCGGCAAAUUAGUGCAUGUGGUAUUCCGUUAGUCGACUGUCCAACGUUACUGACGUAUGGUGGACCCCUUGUGCGAAAUAUGAUUAAACAAUAAAACAAUGAAAACUGA